AUGCAAAGUCUUAAAGUUGUCAUUGUCGGCGACACGCAAGUCGGAAAAUCAUGCAUUGGUGCGAGGUAUACACAAGGAACGUUUGAUGGUGAUACAACUCCAACAAUUGGAGCUGCUUUCUUGACAAAAGUAAUUUCGACAGAAAAAGGAUCUGUUCGUUUGCAACUAUGGGAUACCGCUGGUCAGGAAAAGUUUAAAUCUCUUGCUCCAAUGUAUAAUCGAUCAGCUGGCGUAGUUAUUAUUGUUUAUUCAAUAACAAAUAAAUCAUCUUAUGAUUCUGCGCGUGAAUGGGCAAGAGAUAUAAGAGAAAAGGCAUCUCCUAUUGCUAAAAUUGUGUUAGUUGCCAAUAAAAUUGAUUUAGAAGAUGAACGCGUAAUAUCAACUCAAGAUCUAAACACUAUGGCAGCAGAGAUUCAUGCCGACUACGCAAUUGAAGUAUCUGCAAAGACAAAUGCUGGUAUUUCUGCUUUAUUUACACGAAUUGCCGUACUUUGUGAGGAUGGAAAUAAUUACAUGGAUAAGAUUGGUGAUCAAGUGAUAAUACCUGAGCAGUCUAAGGGAGGAUGCUGCUAA